AUGGAGUCACCCUCGUCACAAGCCGGUCAGAAACGCAAGGUCGACGAUAUGAGCUCCUCCGACGAUGAAGAAGCGCGCCCGACCACCAGCUUCCGUGGCUUCGCUAGAGCCCGCGAGCGCUCCGAAUCACCUCCUGCGAUGGGUGGCUUGGGCAGCGCUGCCCGCAACCCCUGGAAUAACAUGGCCAACGCAGCGGCCGCCGCGCCGCCUACCCGAAAUGGUGGAGCAUCCCGUGGUGGAAGAGGAGGAAACUCGUUCGCCGCGCGCAUGAUGGCGAAAAUGGGGUACAAAGAGGGACAAGGUCUAGGUACGAGCGGCCAGGGUAUUGUCAACCCGAUUGAAGCGCAGGCACGACCACAAGGUGCUGGUUUAGGUGCUGUGCGGGAGAAGACCAAGCAAGCACGCAAUGAAGAGAAAAGAGAAGCUGCGCGCCGAGGCGAGUCGAUCGAAGACAGCUCCGAUGAAGAGAAAGAACGGCGGCGCAAGAAGAAGCUGGAGCGCAAGACGGGAAGCCGGAGUGGAACUGGCACUCCAGCACCGCGACCGAAGCCCAAAUUCCGAACCGCGCGGGAAAUAGAGGAUGAUAUGGAAGGGCUCGAAGUGCCGAAUGUCCUCAAGUCACUCAUCGAUGCGACUGGAAAGGAACAACGUGUCUUGACUUCGACGGCUGGUUUGAUGGCAUCGCAGGAGUUUGUCAGCCAGGGAGAAGGAGAUGCAAUCAAAAUUGCACGGCGUGCUCGGACCGACCUCGAAGCCUUUGCGGACGAAUGGAAGGGAUUGACCGAGAGGAAGAAAUUCAUCGAGAUUGAGGAGGCCCAGGUAGUGGACGAGUUGGAUGCAUAUCAAGCUCAAGUCAAUCAUCUUACCGGGCUGAUCGCCGCCGUGGAAGAGCUGGAUAUCUUCGAACACGACGAAAACAUUGCAUCCAAAUUUAAUGAGAUGACCGAAAAGAUCGAAGCCAUGGAGUCCAAGUACCAUGACGUCAGGGAUAAAUACCGACUAGCAGAAGCAGCAGUCGCUGCUAUGCACCCGCUCUUCCGGCAGGCAAUGGAAGAGUGGGAGCCUCUCCAGGAUCCAAGCUUUCUCGUGCCCAAUCUUACCCGUCUUCAACCUAUUCUUUCUCGCCGGCCCGAGAACGGAGAAGUUCAACAGCGAUCAUCUACCUCGCCUUACGAAACAAUGAUAUACACUCUCUGGCUACCACGAGUGCGCUCAGCACUUCUCAACGAUUGGGAUGUCUACGACCCGAACGUAGCGACCGCUCUGGUCGUUGCUUGGAAACCCAUUGUUCCAUCCUUUGUAUUUGCAAACCUCAUCGAUCAAUUGGUGGUCCCGAAGCUCAGUGGAGCCCUGAGGAAGUGGAAACCGAGGAGCAGCCGACGACAUCCAUCUCAGCAGGAUGGAAAGUUUCCCUGGUGGCUCUUCACAUGGCUGCCAUAUCUGGGUGAUCGGCACACCAACUCUAAGCAGCCUACGGGUCUUAUGUCCGAUACUAAGAGGAAGUUCCGCGUGGUAUUAGACACAUGGAGUCUGCGUCGAGGUCUCAUUAACGGCAUUGAGCUGUGGCGGGACGCACUCGGCAGUGAAUUUGACGUUUGUCUGCGCAAUCACCUGCUCCCACGACUGGCCCGUCACCUCCGCGAGGACUUUACCGUGAACCCUCAAGACCAAGACUUGAAAGCACUCGAGGAUGUACUUCGUUGGAAGGACUUCUUCAAACCCAACGUGAUGGGCCUGCUACUGGUCUCCGACUUUUUCCCGAAGUGGCAUGAGAUCCUAUACAUUUGGCUCACUAACGACCCCAACUAUGAGGAGGUUGGCGAAUGGUUCUCCUGGUGGCAGACCCAGAUCCCAAAGGGGGUCAACGAGCUGGCCAUUGUCGAGGACGAGUGGAACAAGGGUCUACAGACCAUGAACCUCGCCGCGGAACUCGGCGGCCGCGCUGCCGCCGAGCUUCCACGCCCUACCGUAAAUGGGCGGACCGCGCUUCCUACCCGAGAAGACGCCGUGGCAGAAGCUGCUGCAGCGGCAAGCACAGCGGCUCCCGCACCUCAGGCGAAGCCUGCCAUCGUGGAGGAAAUUGCAUUCAAGGACAUUGUGGAAAACUGGUGCGUGGAGCAGGGCCUUAUUAUUCUGCCUUUGCGCGAGGCACAUCCGCAGAAUGGACAUCCUCUAUUCCGCAUCACGGCCAGUGCCACUGGCAAAGGUGGAGUGGUGGCAUACUUGCACGGCGAAGUGGUGUGGGUGCAGAAUAAGAAGGCCAAGGAUGUCUGGGAGCCGAUGGGCCUGGAAGACUCCCUGGUUGAGCGCGCCGAGGGGCGAUAG